GGGCUGCAGGAGAAGAUGGCGGUCUCCACAGGAGUUAAAGUUCCUCGUAAUUUUCGCUUGUUGGAAGAACUUGAAGAAGGACAGAAAGGAGUAGGCGAUGGUACUGUUAGCUGGGGCCUUGAAGAUGAUGAAGAUAUGACACUUACAAGGUGGACAGGCAUGAUUAUUGGGCCACCAAGGACAAAUUAUGAAAACAGAAUAUAUAGCCUGAAAGUAGAAUGUGGACCUAAAUACCCAGAAGCUCCUCCAUCAGUUAGAUUUGUAACAAAAAUUAAUAUGAAUGGAAUAAAUAAUUCCAGUGGAAUGGUGGAUGCACGGAGCAUACCAGUGUUAGCAAAAUGGCAAAAUUCAUAUAGCAUUAAAGUUGUACUUCAAGAGCUAAGACGUCUAAUGAUGUCCAAAGAAAAUAUGAAGCUUCCACAGCCUCCAGAAGGACAAACAUACAAUAAUUAAUUUUAGUGGAUCUCAAACUUGUCUUAAAUCAACAACCUUCUACUCAUGUUAAUGUCUUGAUUAAGUAUCACAAUGCAGAAUUCCCACACAUUAAGUAAAAGAAUUCCAGCUGGUAAACAUGACCCGGACGUUUGUAAGAAUAUAGUUAAUGUAUGUACACCCAUUAUGUUUUUAGGUAACAGGAGGAAAAAUGCAGCACAAUUCUUUUUUCUCUUAUCAAGGCACUGUCCUUUAAGCAUAAACCUGGAGUAUAAUAUUGCUGUUUUCAGGUUUACAAGAUGAAAGCAUGGCAAGAAGUGUCAAAUUGCUAUGGAAGGAUAUGUGUGUCUGAAAACUAGUUUCAAGAAGGAAAACCAUGAAUGGCGUGUUUUAUCCACUUGCUUAGUGAAAGAUCUGCAAUUUAAAUUGUUUAAAGUAGCAGGUACAAUGAAUAUUGUUGCAAAUUGUAUUAAUUUUUGAAGCAUUGUGGGUGCUGACUACUAGUAGUAUCAAAAAUAUGUUCAGGAUUGUUUUGAUACCUGUAUUUAUAAUAAAAACAAGUUGGGAGGUGUCAAUGAAUUUCUGUUAGAAGCCGUUCCUGUGUGUUACAUGUAACAGACAUGGUAAAUAUUUGUUUACAUUCUUUGUUUAACAAACCAUGCAUUUAAGUUUAAGUGAAAACAACAAUAAGGAAAUAGGUGUAUGGAUAUGUGAUUUUGAGAUUAAAGUUAGUCUUAAAAUGUAAAUAAAAUGUGGAAAGUGU